UGGCCCUCAAAUAAACCUAUUUUACUCACUUGGGGAAUGACUACAUGGCAAAAGUCCUUUUGGCUCUCCUUUUAAACCUUUAGUGUGAAUUAGCUGAUCGUCUGGUUCCGAAAUUGCAUGGGGACAUUGACAACAUUUCAACAUUUUUCCAGAUAUUAGGAUUGUUUUGUCAGCCAAUAGCAAAGCACACUUUUAUCACCGAUGGCUUUAGCUGCUUGACUUCGCAAGGGGGUGCAAACAAGAAUUUGAGAGGGGAACAAAUGUAACCUGUGGGUGGAAAAUGUCGAGCACUUUACCUGAGUCCCAGAAUCUGAGACAUAAAACACAAACCACCACCUCUAACCACAAGGGUAAUGUCUUUGCAGAGCCACAAGCACUGACAAAAUCACCAAGGAAAGCAUCUACCCAAGGCACUGUACUAACAGAGAUUCAAUCCAACAUGGGACCCCUUACGACCCCAACUAAAGGAAGGGAGACUGGGACUGGUGAGCCUUGGACCCCAACUUCCAAUUUGAAAAUGCUGAUCAGCGCUGCCAGCCCUGAGAUCAGGAACAGAGAGAAAGAGCUGUGUAUGGACCCUGAGGGAGGGGAUGCCAUGGACUCUGAGCUUGGAGAGGAAGGGGAGAAACAGAUCAGCAGAAAAGAGAAGAGUCUGGGUUUGCUCUGUCACAAGUUCCUGGCCCGCUACCCAGAUUACCCCAACCCUGCCCUCAACAACGACAUCAGUCUGGAUGAUGUUGCCACAGAGCUUAACGUGGAGCGCAGGCGCAUCUAUGACAUCAUGAACGUGCUAGAGAGCCUGCACAUGGUCAGCCGACUGGCCAAGAAUCGCUACAUGUGGCAUGGGCGUGCUAACCUGCCACAGACCCUGGCCAGGUUGCGGCAGGUGGGCGAGGAGCACCGCUACGGGCAACAGAUGCAGCAGAUCCGCCAGCGCAGCCUGGAAAAGGAGUUUGACUCGGACGGCGAGGAGAAGGAGAACGAGGAGGUGGAGGGAGGAGGAGAACAGGGACAGAAGGAGAUGUUCUUCGUGGAGCUUCCUGGGGUGGAGUUUAAAGCAGCCUCAGUGAACAGCAGGAAGGACAAGUCUCUGAGGGUGAUGAGCCAGAAGUUUGUCAUGUUGUUCCUGGUGUCCACACCUCGGGUGGUCAGUUUGGAGGUGGCUGCAAGGAUCCUCAUUGGAGAGGACCAGGUAGCUGAUCAGGACAAGAGCAAGUUCAAGACUAAGGUCCGCAGGCUGUAUGAUAUAGCCAACGUGCUGCGGAGCCUGAAGCUGAUAGAGAAGGUCCAUGUGACAGAGGAGAGAGGGAGGAAGCCAGCCUUCGAGUGGACUGGCCCUGAGGACUUCCCCAAUGUGAAGGAGACCACCACCACUGCCACUAUAGCCACUGCCAAGAGGACACUUGAGUCUCGUGCCUCCGUAGACAACUGUGCCAAAAAUCUCUUCUCCUCUCCGGGGAGCAAACGCAGCUUCACCCGCCACCCCUCCCUCAUCAAACUGGCCAAGAGCAUCCAGGAAGACCGGCGCAAGAUCAACUCAGCUCCCACCAGCCCUGUCAAGAAUGAUUCUUCGGCCAGCGAGUUCUUUCCCACCAAAAUGGCCCAACUAGCGGCCAUCUGUAAGAUCCAGCUUGACCAGCAAUCAAACAAGGUUGUUGACAGGACAUCUAAGCUUGCCGUUAAUGUGACUGAGGCAGUGCCAGCUCAUCAACAGAGAGCUGCUAAAAAGCCAGGAGCUCCCCAGCCGCCAGUAUUAACAUCCACAGAAUCCCGUGCCAGCACUGUCCACCUCACCCCACAGGCACAGUUCACCCCCCAGCCUACUGGGGCAAUGUCCUUCCACCCUGCCCAGUGUUCACCCCUCAUCCCUGUGCUGCUGCCCCAACACCAGGGAGGCGGACCCUACGCCAUCUACAUGCACCCCUCUUCCUUCAGGCCACACCCCCUAACCAGGCCUCAGCCAACCAGCCUCGCCGUGCGCUCCAUGACCUUCGAGGAUAAGAUGGGGCGGAGUCCAAGUGAUGUCACAGUGCAAGGCAACUCGCCUGCUACAAACAAGCUGCCAACCAGCAGCCCCUCAGCACUAAAACGUGUGUGUUCAGAGAGACCCUCCGAGGGAAGCCCCUCCAAGGCCAAGAGGAUUGACCCCAGCACCAGGGACACGUCUCCUAAGCUGUGUGAGAUCCUCCAGGCUCGUCUGAAGGCGCGUCGCGGAGGUCUCCUCUCCAACCGUCCCUCGCCCCGAGCGCUCCACCUGGACCCCGAGUUCGUCAACACCCCUGGGAGCUCAGCGGCCGCCGCAGCCAAUCAGACACUGGAGCAGAACCUGGAGACCUUCCUGGAGAAGGAGGAGAAGGUCGCAACCUCAGACAGCGAGGCAGGGCUCACGCCGGUCAGAGCUGUUCCACUGACCCCCCAACACCUACACACAGAGACUCUGAUCCCCACUGGCUACCUGAUCCCUAUCUCCCAGCAGUCCCUCUUCAGCUACAAAGACCUCCACAACACAGAGAGCAGCAAAGCCUCCACACCCACCUACAACAUCUACCACACACCCACUGCAGGCUCUAGACCUCCCCCAAUCCAGGAGUUCACCCCCACCAGCCUCCCCCUCCACAGGCCUCCCCCCGCCUCGCCCUUCUCUGCCCAGGGACACCGCUUCCACAGCCCCAGCCCUGCCAUCCUCAACUUCACCCUGCAGAACCUGGGCCUCAUCCCUGGCUCUGUGCCCGCUUGCAGCCCUGGCACUGCCCACACCCCGGAGCACCCCAGCUCCAUGCCCAGCCCCCUGCCUCCCCACCUGGGCCUGCAUCAGAGGGGCGGCAUGGUCUUCGUUAAGCCCAUGUCCCCCGUGCCAGUCCAACAUCAGAUGACCGGCCCAGGCGGGCAACCACUCACGCUAAUCAGCCUACAGCAGAUGACCACGCCCAAAGGGACGGCCCUCCCCCAGCACAGUUUCUUCCACACCCCUGUCUCCCUGUCCCCGCUGGCUACCGUGGUAACCACCAGCCACGGACACACGGCGCCGGCGGGCGCUAAAAGCGUUUACAUCCCUCAGAGGAAGCUGGAGGUCACCACUGAGGACACCUAAAGACUAUGCUGCUACACAACCUCUGUGUGUCAACCAGCCCUUCAAUGUGUGUGUGUGUGUGUCUGUGCAUGUCUGCAUGGUUUUCUAGGGUUUGACUGUUGUAUUUUUAAGGCGUACUGUAGGUUGAGGGAUUUUGUGUUCUAGGGUAUGUGAUGUCUCCAAAUGAUUUCAUCUUAAAACUGGUCCACGGGUUAUUCCAGCGUUUCCCAAACUCGGCCCUCAGGACCCCAAGGGGUGCACGUUUUGGUUUUUGCACUACACAGCUG